AGAGACGGAAGCCGUCCCGGAUCAUAACAAACGCUUUGAGAAAUGGCGGCUGCUGAAGACACUAUCCCUAUACAAAACCCCAGUGGCUCAGAUGCUCCGAAGCUGUCAGAUUUGCUGGACCGGGGCUGGAAGUUGUAUGAAGAAGUGGACACUACGAAUGAGCCGAGCAGCUCAAACGCGGUGCAGGUAAAAGUGAAGCGGGGCAUCAUGCAGCUGGAGGAGGCGACCAGGAUGGUCAAUCAGCUGGACAUUUUCAGUCGUAAUGAGGCUCUGGAGGAAAUCAGCACCACUGAUCUGAAGUAUCUGCUGUUGCCGGCAGUGCUGGGAGCUCUUACAAUGAAACAGGUGAACAUCAGCAAGCGACUCGAGCAUGUGCAGACAGCCCGCGUCUACUUCAUGGACUUCCUCCAGCGGUGCAAGGACUACGACGUGUGCAGUUUUCAGCUGCCCAAAACCAGUGAGAGCAAAGCAGAUACUCCCACUGAGGAGCAGACGAAUCAUGUACCCAUGCCAAUGUCACACCCAGACCUUAUCACCAUGGCAACACAAAGACAGGCCAAAAUCGAAAGGUUUAACCAACGUAAGGAGACAGAAGCCAAGCUUGGCGAGAUCAAAGGACUGGUUGAAUCCGGAUCGGCCGAUGAAGAGGUGGUGAGAGAUUUUUACCUGCUGCAUGUGCGCAGGUGGGUAACUCUAGCGCUUGAGGAGAUCGAAUCCAUUGACCAGGAAAUAGAGAUACUGAAAAAGAUGGAGCAUUUCAAGCAGAGUGCACCCCAGCCAUUCCCACCCAAAAGACCACCCAUGAAGCCUUUUAUCCUGACUAAGGAUGCUGUGCAGGCUAAAGUGUUUGGUGCUGGGUAUCCCAGCCUUGCCACCAUGACAGUGGAUGACUGGUAUGACCAGCAUCGGCGGAAGGGAUGUUUACCUGAUCAGGGCAAACCACGCAGCACAGUGGAUGGUGAUGCAGAGGAGGAUGAGAGAGCGGAGAGAGAGAGAAAGGAGGAGAAUGAUGACGAAGAGGCCCUGCAGAAGGCACGAGACUGGGAUGAUUGGAAGGACACGCACAGGAGAGGAUAUGGCAACCGCAAGAACAUGGGCUGAUCUGACAAAUACACAGACACAUGCACACGCACACGCACACAUCCCUUCAGUUCCCCCAAAUAAAUCUCCCCCAAAUAAAUCUCCCCCAAAUGAAGCCAAUAUAUGAUAUGGACACAACAGAGAGUGGUCAUUCGGAUAGGUUUUGAUUCUAAACCGUUUUUGUGUAUUUGAUGUUCUUUUAAAUGUCCCUCGCUAUAAUUCUUAAACCUUGGUGAGCUGUAAUGAAACCAGAAUCUCCUGCAGAAUCUUCAGAGAUGUUUUCGACACUUGUUGUAUCUCUCUGAAAGUUUGCCUUCACGUGGAUGUUGUUUUAAUCGCAACCGUUUCUUCUGUAAAUAGAUCCCAGUACUUUUGGAUUAUCUACAGAAGUUUUCUUUAUACUCUCAGUACUGUUAGUGUCAAAAUCAGCCCACUCAGCAGAACCUUAUGUGCUGUUUGAUUUGAAGUUACUUUGUUGAACUAUUGGCAGAUACUGCAAAGCCUCAGUGUCUGUUUCAGCCGAGACACUUCCAGGAAAGAUGAGGAAGAGCACCUAGAAACAACGCUGGAUCCUAAAACUGCUUAACAAGCUUCAAAAUGCUUGAAGAAACUGUGUGGAAAAAUAGUCUAGACUGCUUUUUAUUCUUAAAGUUAUUUAUUGCAUUACCUGGUAAUUCUAAAUCUUUUUUUUGGGUGAAAAAUCUCUGUAUUAAGAUCUCCAGUAAACCAGAGGUCACCAUUUAACAGCUUUGUUGUCUCUGUGUCUGGAUGAUACGAAAUUCUGAGACCAAUACCCUUAUGAAAAACAAGUAUACUUCAUUUAUAAGUAUAGUUCAUUUUAUUAAAAGUAUACUUAAAGGUCCAGUGUAUGAAAUUUUGCAGCAUCUGGUGACUCUCUACACCCCUCCCUUUCAAAGUAACUAAGAUGUCAUCACGGUUUCGUUUCUUGGCUGAAGGAGAUAACGUAUUUACAAAACACGCUCUGUAGAGCAGUUUGUCCGUUUGGGGCUUGCUGUGGAAGAAAAGGGUGAAUUCCAUGCAAGGGUCCCGCAGUGUAUGUAAUAAAAACAAGGCUUCAUUAUGUGAAGUCUUUAUACACCUCUGAACACAUCGUUAUGUAUAUUAUUGCAUUUCUGUCACAAGAUCCUCCAGAAAAUAAACAUUGUACCUAAUAAGUUUAUAUGA